AUGGCUUCAAAACCGAUUCCAUUGCACGUCGCGCAGCCGACGCUGCUCACGAACCUGAACAUCACCACGCUCGAGUCCGACAAGUACGUUUGCGUGCGCCAGGUCAACAGCGAAGCCAACGCACCCGCCGAGACGGUUAUCAUCGAUCUGAAGAACACAAACAACAUUAUCCGAAGACCGAUACGCGCCGACAGCGCCAUCAUGCACUUGACUGAGCCCAUCAUAGCUCUCAAGGCGCAGGGCCGGACGCUGCAGUUGUUCAACCUCGAGACCAAGGAGCGCCUACAGACAUACAGCCAUCAAGAGGACAUCCAGUUCUGGAGAUGGGUCAGCCAGACGACCCUUGCGCUUGUCAGCACAAAGGCCGUGUACCAUUGGGAUGUACUCGAUUCGAAGAACUCUGCGGCACCACGCAAAAUCUUCGACCGCGGAGAGCAGCUCGAGAACAACCAAAUCAUCAACUAUGUCACCAACGACGAUGAGAGCUGGUCCUGCUUAGUUGGUAUUACCUCAAACCCGGCGGGUGGCAUUCGCGGCAACAUGCAGUUGUUUUCCAAGGCCAGGAACGUCAGCCAGCCUCUCGAGGGCCACGCAGCCACAUUUGGCACCAUUCGUCUCGACGGCGCUGCCACCUAUACCAAACUCUUUGCGUUCGCCGUCAAAUCAACGUCCGGAGAAGCCAAGAUCAACAUAGUUGUAGAGUGCGACCACAAUGCCUCGAACCCGGCCUUCCCAAAGCGAUUGAUCCCAAUCCACUGGCCUGCUGAGGGUACUGGCGAUUUCCCGCUCGGCAUCCACAUUGCGCACAAGUACGGCAUCCUAAUCGUAAUCACAAAGUUCGGUUUCAUCCAUCUUCAUGAUCUCGAGACUGGUACAGCCCUGUUCCUGAACAGGAUCUCGGAGGAAACAGUCUUCACAACUGCCCGCGACGAUGAUGGCACUGGUGUAGUUGUGAUCAACAAGCGCGGACAGGUUCUCCACACUACCAUUCGCGAGGAUGCUUUGAUCCCGUACAUUAUGGAGAACCCAGCAUGUGCAGAGAUCGCGUACAAGCUCGCUUCCAAGGGUGGACUUCCGGGAGCUGAUCAGCUAUACUCACAACGAUUCGAGAAUCUGAUGACACAGGGCAACUUCGCCGAAGCGGCAAAGGUCGCGGCCAACUCCCCACGAGGCUUCCUGCGCACAAUGAACACCAUCAACAGGCUGCGACAAGUGCCGUCCCAGCCAGGUCAGAUCACAACUUUGCUGCAGUACUUCGGCCAGUUAUUGGACAAAGGUGGAUUGAACCGGGAAGAGACUCUGGAGCUGGCACGACCAGUUUUCGUGCAAGGCCGCAAGCACUUGAUAGAGAAGUGGCAGAAGGAGGGCAAGCUUUUCUGCUCAGAAGAGCUUGGAGACCUUGCGAAACCCCACGACCUGAACCUUGCUCUGGCCAUCUACAAGGACAAGGUCGUUGCUGCUCUAGCUGAGCUCGGCCACUACGACCUCAUCCUCCAAUACUGCAACGGCGUUGGCUACACGCCGGACUACAACGUUCUGCUUCAACACGUAGUCAGGAGCAACGGAGAGAAGGGAACAGAGUUUGCUUCACAACUUGUGAAGAACGAGGGUGGACCACUCAUUAGCAUCGAUCGUGUUGUCGACAUCUUCCAGUCUCAGGGCAUGAUCCAACAAGCUACUGCAUUCCUUCUUGAUGUGCUGUCCAACGACCUGCCAGAGGAAGGCCAUAUGCAAACGAAGCUUUUGGAGAUGAACUUGCUCAACGCACCCCAAGUCGCGGAUGCUAUCCUUGGAAACGAGAUGUUCCACCACUAUGACAAGGCUCGCAUUGCCUCCCUCUGCGAGAACGCCGGCUUGCUCACCCGUGCUCUGGAGCAUAACGAGGACCCUGCCGCUGUCAAGCGCAUUAUCGUCCAGACUGACAAGCUGCCUGAGGAAUGGUUGAUCAACUACUUUGGUCAGCUUACCGUUGAGCUUUCCCUCGAUUGCCUCGACGCAAUGCUCACGACGAACAUCCGACAAAACCUGCAGGCUGUCAUUCGCAUCGCGCAGAAGUACUCAGACCUGCUCGGUGCCACCAAGAUCAUCGAUCUCCUAGAAAAGCACAGGACUGCCGAGGGAUUAUAUUUCUUUCUUGGCAGUAUUGUCAAUGUGGCCGAGGACAAGGAUGUCACCUUCAAAUACAUUGAAGCUGCCACGACCAUGGGUCAGCUGAACGAGGUUGAGCGUGUUUGCCGAGAGAGCAACGCCUACGACCCAGAAAAGGUCAAGAACUUCCUCAAAGAGGCCAACCUUACAGAGCAGCUUCCUUUGAUCAUCGUUUGUGAUCGAUUCAACUUCAUCCACGACUUGGUUCUCUACCUCUACAAGAAGCAACAGUUCAAGUCUAUCGAGGUUUACGUACAGCGUGUCAACCCAGCCAGGACACCUGCAGUCAUCGGUGGAUUGCUCGACGUCGACUGCGAUGAAAGCAUCAUCAAGGGCCUAUUGGCCUCCGUGACCCCCUCAUCGAUUCCCAUCGACGAGUUGGUCAGUGAAGUCGAGUCACGCAACCGCUUGAAGCUCCUCCUUCCCUUCUUGGAGCAGACCUUGGCCAGCGGUAACCAGCAACAAGCUGUGUACAACGCCCUCGCUAAGAUCUACAUUGACUCCAACAACAACCCCGAGAAGUUCUUGAAGGAGAAUGACCAGCUCAAGCUCGUUACCCUGCUCGAGCGCGCUGAUUCGGAGAUCUGGGACUACGUACUGUCUCCCAACAACAUGCACAGACGAUCGUUGGUCGACCAGGUCACUUCGACCGCUGUACCUUCUUCUACCGACCCCGACAAGGUGUCUGUGGCUGUCAAGGCCUUCAUCACUGGCGACAUGCCUGCGGAGCUCAUCGACCUGCUCGAGAAGAUCAUCUUGGAGCCCUCUAGCUUCAGCGACAACCCGUCUCUGCAGAAUCUGCUCAUGCUUACCGCUGCCAAGUCUGACCGUGGCCGUAUGAUGGAUUACAUCCACCAGCUCGAGCACUACACACCCGAGGACAUUGCUCAGCAGUGUAUCGAGGUCGGCAUGUAUGAAGAGGCUUUCGAGAUCUACAAGAAACACGGGCAGCACUUUGAUGCUGCCAACGUUCUCAUCGAGCACGUCGUCUCCAUCGAUCGCGCACAAGAGUAUGCCGAGCGCGUCGAGACGCCCGAAGUGUGGAGCAGAGUUGCCAAAGCACAAUUGGACGGCCUGCGUGUGACUGAUUCUAUUGAAUCCUACAUCCGCGCCGGUGACCCAUCCAACUUCCUGGAGGUCAUCGAGAUCGCUACCCACGCCGGAAAGGAUGAGGACCUGAUCAAGUUUUUGAGGAUGGCACGCAAGACACUGCGCGAGGUCCCUGUCGACACUGCCCUUGCUUUCUGCUUUGCUCGUACUAACCAGCUUCCGGAGCUCGACGAGUUCCUCCGUGGAACGAACGUCGCAGAUGUAGAGGCAUCCGGUGACAAGGCAUACGAGGAGGGCUACCAUGAGGCUGCCAAGAUCUUCUACACCAGCAUCUCCAACUGGGCCAAGCUUGCGACUACGCUCGUCCACCUUGAUGAUUACCAAGCUGCUGUCGAGUGUGCUCGCAAGGCCAACAGCGUCAAGGUUUGGAGGCAGGUGAACCAGCACUGUAUUGAUAAGAAGGAGUUCCGUCUUGCACAAAUCUGUGGUCUCAACCUCAUUGUUCAUGCCGAGGAGCUUGCCGAGCUUGUGAAGCAGUAUGAGCGCAACGGCUACUUUGAUGAGCUCAUCAGCCUUCUCGAGGCUGGUCUUGCCAUCCAAGCUUGCGAGGCCGCGCACCUUUGGCCAGAGCUGAUCUUCCUCUACGUUCACUACGAUGAAUGGGAUAAUGCAGCAUUGGCCAUGAUGGAGCGUGCCGCAGAUGCAUGGGAGCACCAAGCUUUCAAAGAUACUAUCGUCAAGGCCACGAAUGUCGAGAUCUACUACCGCGCCCUGGGCUUCUAUCUUGAGGAACAACCUACGCUGUUGACCGAUCUUCUGCAAGCCCUUACACCGAGGAUCGAUGUCAACCGUGUUGUCCGCAUGUUCGUCAAGUCGGACAACAUUCCCCUGAUCAAGCCCUUCCUCCUGAAUGUCCAAUCACAGAACAAGCGUGAGGUCAACAAUGCCCUCAACGACCUUCUGAUCGAAGAGGAGGACUACAAGACACUGCGCGACUCGGUCAACAACUACGACAACUAUGACCCUGUCGAUCUUGCCCAGCGCCUUGAGAAGCACGACCUCGUCUUCUUCCGCCAGAUUGCCGCAGAUAUCUACCGCAAGAACAAGCGAUGGGAGAAGUCAAUUGCUCUGUCCAAGCAGGACAAGCUCUUCAAGGAUGCUAUCGAGACCUCCGCCAUGUCCACCAAGUCGGAGAUUGUCGAAGACCUGCUGCGAUACUUCGUCGACAUCGGCAGCCGCGAGUGCUAUGUCGGCAUGCUCUACGCUUGCUACGACUUGAUCCGCCCAGAUGUCAUUCUCGAGAUGUCAUGGCGCCACGGUCUUCACGACUUCACGAUGCCAUACAUGAUCAACCUGCUCUCUCAACAGACCGCAGCACUUACGGGUCUGCAGAAGGACAAUGAGGAGCGCAAGGCUCGCGAAGCCUCGCAGCAGAAGAAGGAGGAAGACACGCCCAUCCUGGGAUCGCGUCUCAUGCUCACUCAAGGUCCCAUUGCUUCGGCGCCUUCUCCUGGCCCUUACGGCCAGGCCAACGGCAUUGCUCCCCAGCCCACGGGCUACCGUGGCUUCUAG